AGUGCGGGCGAAAAUGGUGCCUCGGUCGGGGCACUGGCGUUCGCUUCCGCCCUCCCGCAGCAGCGCACGCGCUCUUCUCGCAGUGCGAUGACGACGCGCGAAGGAAUACGGCGCCCCGAGUGAUACGGCCGCCGCAUCGGCGCCGGUGUGCGCGAGUGGGCGAUGACAGCGCGGGCGAGCAACCGAUAGGCGAUAAGGGGCGCACACAAAAGCCCGCGAACAACGCCCGCCCGCCGGCGGCAGCAGCCGAGGGGCAGCCGCCGGUUGUAAGUACUACUAGGAAGUGCACUCGGCAGCAGACGCGUCAUUAUCGUAGUCGCGUCACGUUCGGCAGCACGCUCUCUCGCGCCUCCCUUCUUUCCUUUCGUUCUUUUUUUCGCCUGCUUCUUCCCUAACCCGCGCUGUCAUCGCCGACGAGGGCGCGUAUUGGUUAUAGACGGGCGCUGGGCGCGAGAAACAAACUCGCCACGGGCGUGCGCGCUCGUUUGUUGUUCGGCCGCGCUGAGCGCAGCUCUCGAUCAUUUUGGCCGCAAGCUCUUCGGCCCUAGCUGCGCGCAUGGUCUGUUCACCUAGGAGAUGAAGCAAGCCGCACGAGCUCUAGCGCGGAGCGUCGCCUCGGAGUCCGUGUCGCUCGGCGCCACCGCGUCCAAGGAACGCCAGACAGCGGUGCCUGCAUAUGCAAAACCUUUCGACCAGAUUCCUGGGCCCAAGCCGUCGUUGCCUUUCAUCGGAACUAGCUGGCAAUACACGAGAUGGGGUCGCUAUAAUCUCUACCAGCUUCAUGAAGCCAGCACCGACAAAUACAAUCGGUAUGGUGACCUCAUGAAAGAAGAGUACCAGUGGCGAAGACCAGUGGUCCAUUCUUUCAACCCGGAGGACUUCCAGGUCGUAUUUCGUAGUCAGGGGCGUUGCCCAGUCCGACCACCAAAUGAGUUUGUCUGCAAGUACCGCACUGAGCACCCUCUCAAGUACAGAAGUGUGGGGCUUUCCAAUGCGCUUGGUGCAGAAUGGCACACACUACGCAUGGCACUUGCACCGGUGUUGCUUGAGAUGAGAAACAUAGAAGAGCUAGCAAUAUGGCAAGAGGAAAUCUGCGAUGACUUUGCUGAAUAUGUGCGAUGGCUGAGAGACCCUGAAACUCUGGAAAUAGGCUGUGUUCAGGACACCUUGUCUAGACUUGCUUUGGAAUCAAUAUUUAGGCUGUGCCUGGACACACGACUGGGCUGCCUGCAACCCUCGCAACUUGAACAAGGUGAAGCAUCCACAGUUAUAGCCGUUGCAGGGCAACUGUUUUCUGCCUACCAGGAGCUCUACUACGGACUUCCCCUUUGGAAGUACAUGCACACAUCCUCCUACCGGAAGUACACAGAGGCCGAGGAUGUCCUGUACAAAAUAACACUGGGCUACAUCCAGCAGUAUGCCAGAAAGACGUCAGAGGACCACUCCUUGGGGAGCAACAAGAGCCUUCUCCAAGCACUUCUUAGUUUGAAUGGGCUGUCAGAGAUGGACACCCACCUGACAAUAAUGGACUUCAUUGCGGGUGGUGUUUUCACGACGAGCAUUGCCUUGUGCUUUCUCCUGCACCACUUGGCCUCCAAUCCGGACGUGCAGGAGAAGCUCUACACUGAGCUCAAGUGUGGUGAUGAGGACAUCAGCAGCUGUUCCUACCUUCGUGCAUGCAUAAAGGAAAGCUUCCGGUUAAGCCCUACGGUGCCUGGUGUAAUGAGGAUCCUGCCCGAGGAGGUGGUGCUCUCUGGAUACAGGGUGCCCGCUGGAGUGCCGGUGUUUGCGAAUUCGCUGGUGACCUGUCGCCUGGAGAAGUACUUCCCACAGCCAGGACAGUUCAGGCCUGAACGUUGGCUUGGGGAGGAACGGGGACUUAUCCACCCUUUCAGCCUGCUGCCUUUUGGCCAUGGGGCCCGCAUGUGUGUGGGCCGGCGCUUUGCAGAGCUCGAACUCAUGACUACAGCUGCCAAGAUGGUCCAGAACUUCAUCAUUGAGCCCUGCACGCAACACAUCAACACUAGUUAUGUGUUUGUGGUGGUGCCAAGCCACCCUGUGGGACUCCGGUUCCGCGACCGAAACUGACCGCCCACUCUCCCAAGGGCACCCACAUUCUCGGAGAUAUUCUCUGUGCCUGUAACAGAAUUUGAACUGCUUGCACACAUCAUCAUCUCUCCUCCCAGCUAGUGGCUUACUACAUACAGGUCACGUCUCUCAUCACAAACGGGUGGGCUGUUUUGAGGAGAUUUAUUCCCCGCCGACUUUGCACUGCCAUGACUUGCACUAUUAUACACUUGGUGAAAUGAGAUGUCCACAAGACUGCUGCAUUUACAGUAAGCACUACAACUAUUUUAAUGCUCUGGUAUUGUAGAGAUUGACGCAUGCCUUACUAUGUAGUGACAGGAAUGUGCACCUUGAAACUAUGCUCCUAUUGUGUACUUCAUUACCCCUGUCACAACCUCGCACAUAAUAUACUAGUCUAUUAGCAGUUGUAACAGUUUUUUGGUGCAAGUUACGUUAGAGCUCGUCUAUUUUGUAGGUCACACCAAGUUCCUUUCACAGCAUCAUAACUGGGCAGCUAGCAGGGUAUCUUCUUGUCAAAGCUGAAGGUAGCCAUUAGGUGUAGUUCUCAGCUAAAAAGAGCAAGCUGUUAGCUGCCUUCACAGGCAUCAUGUGUGAGCUUUUAUGUUAUUACUGCAUCAUUUCAUUAUUCAAUUUUAUGCUUCAUCUUUUUAAGACUCUCUUAAAAAUAUGUAGAUGACAAUUAUAGAUACAGAGAGGAAUGUAGAAAGAUGUACAAUUCAUCUAAAUUUGUAUUAGGUACUAUGUUGUAUUUGUGCUCAAGUCGUCAUGUUCCAUCUUGCACUACAUUCUAUAUUUGCAUAGUCCUGUACAAGCAAUGUGCAGGCCAUUGAUAUCUACAAAGUGCUGUUUGGGCAACUGUUCAGCAGUUUGCUCCUCUCCGAUUUCAAAAAGUUUGAGCUCUUGCACUGGCUUUCCUUUGGCAAGCAACUAAUAUAGCCAGCUGAUAUCCAGUCAGUGCAUGCUCAUAUAUAGAGCAUUCCCAAGUCAAUGUGAAAAAGAGUUCAGGAAUUAACAAAUUUGACUUUUGUGAACACUGAUUUCUAUUCUGAACAUCCAUAGCAGGCUAUCUUUUGUGCACGUUAAAGACUUUCCAGUCAACAAAGAGACGGCUUCAUAAUGCUUUGUCUACUUGGUGGUACGUACCAAGCUUUAAAGGGACACUGCAACACUUUUUGGACGUUGUAAAAUAUGUUCGCAAUGUGUAGACAACAUUUUCGCAAAGCCAAAUAUUAUUCCAUUGCAUGUGGCAGGGAUCUCGCAUAAAACAUCAUUCUCUCUCCUG